ACUAAACCUUGUAAGGCAUACUUAAUUCAUUUCUAAUAUUAAUAUCAUUCACAAAAUAAAGUUGUUAGUUACUGAUAUCAAUUGGUUCGGUGAUCGGUCGGCUCUCGGCUGGUGCUAGCAUUACUUGGCGUUUGCUGGCGAUUGCAGUUUGGUUUGUGAAGUGGGUGGAGCACGACGUGGUCAGUUAUCAAUACCGUUAUCAUUUACGAAAAUUAAUUGAUAUUCAUCAUGUCGAAAAUCAAGGCCGGACCCGUUGUUGAUGUGCUCGGAGAUGAGAUGACCAGAAUUAUCUGGGAUCUCAUCAAGGAGAAACUGAUCUUACCUUUCUUGGACAUCGAAUUGCACGUCUACGAUCUUGGUAUUGAAAACCGUGAUAAGACUGAUGAUCAAGUUACCAUUGAUUGCGCUGAAGCCAUCAAGAAAUACAACGUAGGUAUCAAAUGCGCUACCAUUACCCCUGAUGAAAACAGGGUAGAGGAAUUUAAGCUGAAAAAAAUGUGGAAGAGUCCCAAUGGAACAAUCCGUAACAUUCUCGGCGGUACUGUCUUCAGGGAAGCCAUUAUUUGCAAAAAUAUUCCUCGUCUCGUAACUGGCUGGGAGAAGCCCAUUAUUAUCGGGCGUCAUGCUCAUGCUGAUCAAUACAAAGCCACCGACUUUGUUGUGCCUGGAGCUGGAACUCUUGAGCUCAUCUGGACGCCCCCUAAUGGCGAACCUAUCAAACAUGUUGUUAAUGAGUUCAAGGGUGCUGGUGUCGCCCUUGGCAUGUUCAACACUGAUGCUUCGAUCAUCGACUUCGCACACUCUUCAUUUAAGUACGCUCUUGACAGGAAAUAUCCUCUGUACUUGAGCACAAAGAAUACUAUUCUUAAGAAAUACGAUGGUCGCUUCAAGGACAUCUUCCAAGAAAUUUACGAAAGGGAAUACAAAUCGCAGUUCGAAGCUGCUGGAAUUUGGUAUGAGCACAGGUUGAUCGACGAUAUGGUUGCUUACUCAAUGAAGUCUGAGGGUGGAUUCGUUUGGGCUUGCAAAAACUACGACGGAGACGUGCAAUCAGACUCCGUAGCUCAAGGAUACGGCUCCCUGGGCUUGAUGACAUCUGUGCUGAUCUGCCCUGAUGGAAAGACUGUUGAAGCUGAAGCCGCCCACGGCACAGUGACCAGACACUACCGCUUCUACCAGCAAGGAAAGGAGACAUCCACCAACCCUAUUGCUUCAAUCUUUGCAUGGACCAGGGGUCUUCUUCACCGCGCCAAGUUAGACGACAACGCUGAACUUAAGAACUUUGCCGAAACUCUGGAGAAGGUCUGCAUUGACACAAUCGAAGCUGGCAUUAUGACUAAGGAUCUUGCUAUUUGUAUUAAGGGCAUGAACAAUGUCAAGCGGUCAGAUUACUGCGAAACUUUCGAGUUUAUGGACAAACUCGCUGAAAACCUUAAAAAGAGUUUGGGAAAGUGACUACCCAAAGAAAAGAAGUUAUGUAACUUAUGAACAAUCUAUACCAAUCAAUUUUUACAAAUGAGUUUUGUACCAUGUCACAAGGGAAUAGGGAUACUUUAUUUAAACCUUAUUUAUAACGUGUAAUUGUAAUUUAUUAUUAUAAUAAAUGCAAUUUUAAAAUACUUACAUUCAAAUUAUUUUACUUAAUGCUAAGGGUUGACCCGACCCGACUAGUUAAAAUUGUUAAUGAGAUCGCAAUCUAAUAAUAUUUAAAUACCUUUAUCGUUGUUUCGAAAUAAUUUGGCUUACCAAGAGCUCGAUUGAGUCUAGGUCCCAAAUUAUUGAUUUUGUAUGAGAAUAUAUACCUACCUAGCAAUAUUUUAUAAUAAUAAAACUCCAAAUUCUCAGUACCUGAUUGCAAUGUUUAGCGAAAUCUCGUAUUUUAGUAUAAUCGCAUAAAUAACUAAUAAUCAUUCCGUAGCCACACUAUAGCAAGUCCUUUUAAAGGAAUAACAUAUUAUGGCCUUACUUUGAAUAUAAUUACAAACCUACCAUAUCUAAGUGGAAAUUGUAAAUCAGACAGGUUUAUUUAUUAUCUUUGUUGAGAUAGUUGCCAUUGCCAAUGAUUCAACACUAUUCCAAGGACUUGUUACACUAGCGCCAGACAUGAGAAACUAAAACCAAAGAAUGUUGAAAUCAGACUGGUGUCGUCUUAGUUCCAC